AUGAAGGUGCCAGGGUUUUCAGACUUCGGCAAGUCCGCCAAAGAGGUGCUUUACGGCGGGGGCAAAGGCGGAACCUAUCAAUAUGACCAGAAGCUCAAGCUGUCCUCCAAGGCUACCGAUGGCAUGGCGUUUACGCUGAGUUCGACCGUCAAGGGCGACAAGGUGUCGGGGGAAUUCAAGUCCUCGUACAGCUAUGAACGCUACAGCGUGGACGCGACGGUGAACAAUGCCAACAAGGUUACAGUGAAGGGCAACAUCGCGGACUUUCUGGUCCCUGGCCUGAAGUGCACUGGCAGCUUUGCUUUGCCAGCUACUUCGCCUUCAAAGGUUGGCCUUCAGUAUACCCGGCCAUACCUCAACACCAAAGUGGAUGUGGAUGCGACCACAUCACCCAAGGUCACUGCAUCGCUGGCAACUGGAUAUGCAAAAAUGCUGUACGGUGCGGAUUGCACUUAUGAUAGUGCCAAAGGGGCAUUCUCCUCCUGGAGCUUUGGCACCGUGUAUACUGGACCAGGGUAUGAGGCAACAGCACUAUACAAUGACAAGGGGAUCUUAAAGGCUCUGCAUGCUCAGAACUUGGAUGACAAGACUGUUCUUGGGGUGGAGAUAGUUCGCUCACUGAAGGACGAAAGUUCCCAGACAUUUGCAUUUGGCCUCACAAGACUCUUGAACAGUGGGGUCCUUAUCAAAGGGAAGGCGGAGAGCUCUGGCGUGACCUCUGUGCUUUAUGAGCAUCAGAUCGAGAAGGGUGUCAAACUGGCUCUCUCUGGCCAGUUUGAUGCCAAGAACCUUGACAAAGGUGCAAAGGUUGGCGCUUCCUUGGAGAUCAGCUAG